GCACGUCCAGUUACACCCCCUCAAACUGGCAAAGGUGAUCCCAGUCCACCCUUCGGAGGCUUCCCCAAUGCUGGAACAGGGGAUGAAAUUAACAGGACAGAGGAAGCAAGCGGUUUCUCACCCAAGAUGGCGGAAACAGCAUGUAUCGAUGCUCCCACCAAUGCUACACUUAACAUCCUG